CAUAGCCAUUGCCUAUGCUAUGUAAUGUAUUUUGGAUAAUAUUUUAUAUAUUUUUAUAACAAAUCAAUUUAUAAUAAUUACUUUUUAUGAAGAAGACAUCGAUGUAUUUGAAAUACAUAUAGGUUUUUAACUAAUGAGUAAUAUCACCUUGAAUAAUACAUCAAAUGAAUUUCAUGAUGAUAAUGGAGCGGCUAGUCAAGACACAAUCUCCCUUAACAUGGAAAUCACCAAAAGUGAUGAAGUACAAAAGGAAAUUAUUGAUAACACAGUUGGACAUAAUGUUAAUAUAAAUCUAGAAGAUAAUAGGUCUUUAAAAGGAAAAAAGACAGUCGUAAGCACAGAAAACGAAUUCUUGGCACCAUACAUUUAUAAUUCACAAGGGAGAAAUGUUUACAGACGAGAUUUCUGGGUUCAAUAUGUGGGUCCACAUCCAGAACCUCUCGGUGCUCCAUUGGAUUACACUCCCGAAUCGAGGAACAGAUUUGUCCUUUUAGUGUUUACUUUAGUUUUUAUGAUGCUGUUGUGUACAGCUGGGUUUAACAUCGGCAUUUUGUUACUACCUGAUGCCAGUAACGCUUUUCGACAGCUUGGGUUUAUUAUAGUAAUACCCGCACUAAUAAUAAUGGUCGGAAUGAGUUACGCGAUGGCUUGUUCGUCGUGCACCAGAGUACCUCCUUGCAACUUUAUAUGUUUAAUAAUAACGGUGCUAUGUAUGAGUGUAAUAACUGCUUUCUUCACCACAAGAUAUAAGACCACCACAGUGCUGUACGCUGUACUGGCAACCACAGUUGUAGUCGUCGUGUGUAUGUGCUUAGCUUGCUCAUCAUUUGACUUUACGAGGUACUUACUGUACGUGGUGGUGAUAGCUGCUGCGUUCGGCGCCAUCGCUAUGGUAGUAAUGCUGGGCAUGCUGAUCACAGGCACCUAUAUAAAGCCUUUGCAUCUGGUCAUAUUAAUAAUUGGUACACUGUUACAAGUCGUUAUACUAACUAUAGACUUGCAGGCUAUCCUGGGCGGUAGAAGCGUAGAGUUGGGUGAAGAUGACUACGCUCUCGGCGCUUAUAUGUUGUAUACAUCAAUUAUAGACAUAUUCAUCAAGAUGUUACAAAUGAUAGGCAUGUUCGAAUGAGUGGUAUAAUAUUGUUGUGUGUAAACAGUUUCACAAAGUUUUAAAAAGUUUUGUGUUCAUGUAGCGGUUGUGUAUUCUUGAGUCGGGAAGUCUAAUAAAUGUUACAUAAUGU